GGACCCCAAGGGGGACGCCUGACCAGGGGAGAGGACGCCAGUACAGGGCAGAGAUCACCCGCGAACAUGCUGCCAAUGGGAUCAGAACACAUGGAGAUGCAGAAGCCCCAGAUGUCUGCAGCUCAGGAGACAUCAGGCUCCACACCCGGGCAGCAAGGAGUAGGGAACCGAGGAUCCAAUGCAUGCUGCUUCUGCUGGUGUUGCUGCUGUAGCUGCUCUUGCCUCACUGUUAGAAACCAAGAACAGAUACCCAGGAGAGCAUCCCAAGAGCUCAGAAGGGAAGACCUUCCGACCUGUGAAGAAAGCCCAAGUCCUACUCUGGAAGAAGUCCACUCCUGGGCUCUGUCAUUCGACAAGUUAAUGCUCACCCCAGCAGGAAGGAAUACUUUCCGUGAAUUCCUCAGAACAGAAUUCAGUGAAGAAAAUAUGCUUUUCUGGAUGGCAUGUGAAGAACUGAAAAAAGAGGCUAAUAAAAACAUUAUUGAAGAGAAAGCAAGGAUAAUAUACGAAGACUACAUUUCUAUUCUUUCUCCUAAAGAGGUCAGCUUAGACUCCCGAGUAAGAGAAGUCAUCAACAAGAACAUGGUGGAACCUUCCCAACACAUAUUCGAUGAUGCACAACUUCAGAUUUACACCUUAAUGCACAGAGACUCAUACCCCCGAUUCAUGAACUCUUCUCUCUAUAAGGAUUUGCUUCAGUCCUUAUCUGAGAAAUCAGUUGAAGCAUAGGAUGUUAUCAAAUAUA